GAGUCCAAGCACGAAGCUGUGCACACAGUCGCUCUCCGCAGAGAUGCUUAGGAUGUGAUCCAUGAAUCGCCAAUCCCAGCUAGUGCUAACAAAGACGGACCUUUCUCCCCAAGACCAUUCCAGUGCCCCAGAGGUCCACAGACAUCCAGGAAGAUGCAGCCAGCAGACAAAGAAUGGCAGCCACCGAAGCGCUGAGGGGAGCCCUCCCGGCCAUUUCUGUCCCAGCUCCAAGGGUCUCUCCACGAUGGCCUGCAACAGCACGUCCCUUGAGGCUUACCCAUACCUGCUGCUGAACACCAGCAACGCCUCAGACUCCGGGUCCACCCAGUUGCCCGCACCCCUCAGGAUCUCCUUGGCCAUAGUGAUGCUGCUGAUGACCGUGGUGGGGUUCCUGGGCAACACUGUGGUCUGCAUCAUCGUGUACCAGAGGCCGGCUAUGCGCUCUGCCAUCAACCUGCUGCUGGCCACCCUGGCCUUCUCCGACAUCAUGCUGUCCCUCUGCUGCAUGCCCUUCACCGCCGUCACCCUCAUCACCGUGCGCUGGCACUUUGGGGACCACUUCUGCCGCCUCUCAGCCACGCUCUACUGGUUUUUUGUCCUGGAGGGCGUGGCCAUCCUGCUCAUCAUCAGCGUGGACCGCUUCCUCAUCAUCGUCCAGCGCCAGGACAAGCUGAACCCGCGCAGGGCCAAGGUGAUCAUCGCGGUCUCCUGGGUGCUGUCCUUCUGCAUCGCGGGGCCCUCGCUCACGGGCUGGACGUUGGUGGAGGUGCCGGCGCGGGCCCCACAGUGCGUGCUGGGCUACACGGAGCUCCCCGCUGACCGCGCCUACGUGGUCACCUUGGUGGUGGCCGUGUUCUUCGCGCCCUUUGGCGUCAUGCUGUGCGCCUACAUGUGCAUCCUCAACACGGUCCGCAAGAACGCCGUGCGCGUGCACAACCAGUCGGACAGCCUGGACCUGCGGCAGCUCACCAGGGCGGGCCUGCGGCGCCUGCAGCGGCAGCAACAGGUCAGCGUGGACUUGAGCUUCAAGACCAAGGCCUUCACCACCAUCCUGAUCCUCUUCGUGGGCUUCUCCCUCUGCUGGCUGCCCCACUCCGUCUACAGCCUCCUGUCUGUGUUUAGCCAGCGCUUUUACUGCGGUUCCUCCUUCUACGCCACCAGCACCUGCGUCCUGUGGCUCAGUUACCUCAAGUCCGUCUUCAACCCCAUCGUCUACUGCUGGAGAAUCAAAAAAUUCCGCGAGGCCUGCAUAGAGUUGCUGCCCCAGACCUUCCAAAUCCUCCCCAAAGUGCCUGAGCGGAUCCGAAGGAGAAUCCAGCCAAGCACAGUCUACGUGUGCAAUGAAAACCAGUCUGCGGUUUAGGAGGUCAGGGGGCCACAGAGAAGGGGCAGCUGAGCCCCAGUCCCAGGGUGGAUCUGUCCUGCUCUGUUCCCUGGCAUGUUGGUCAUAGUCUGCACUUUGUGGUGGCAAUUUAAGCACAAAGGUACUCAUUUGUAAUCAGAUGAGCUGCAGCUCCCAAAUUUCAAAUUUUGGCACGAUGAAUUAUUUUUGUUUCUCUUUGCAGAAGAGCCAAAUAUGGGGCUGAUGGGAACUGCAAAGUCAUUAAGGCAAAAAUGGAGUGGGCUGGGGAGUGCAGAAGUUGGGCAGAAAGGGAGGAGGAAGGCAACAGGGAAUGAAGCUGGUUGAGUAUGGGGCAAGAGGACUGGUCAGUCACAAGAGCUUCAACCUGCCCUGCGAGCCCUCUCUGCACCUGCUCAAGAGAAACCCUGAGAAACCCCAGUAGGUGUGAGCUCCUGGGUGUUCAUUCAUUUUGUUUGACACCAGGGUUCUUCAGCUAUUGAUGUUUGUGGUGUGUGGGGACUCACAUGAGGUUCUUUAUGUUGAUCAGAUGUGCAUUUCUUCCCAUGCCUAAGUAUCUUUUCUAGAAAGAAACCAAAAUCACACGGGGAAGCAGAGUGAGCCUCUGUGCUUUGAGCUCCCUGGAAUGAUGCAUGGGAGGCCUCAGAGGCUUGAAGCCCAGAGAAGGUCCUGGGCAGCCCAGCUGAAGUGAGAAGCAAAUCCGGGAACUCCUGCAUGUCCCCAGCGCCCCCCACCUGCUGGGCCCACCCCGUCCCUGCACCCUGAGGCCACUAGGCCUCCCUGUCUGCUGGAGAGCCCCUUGGCCCUUCCCUCUUUCCUCCACCCCUCUACCUGCCUCCCUUUGUUUUCCUCCCAUCCAUUUCCAGUGUGCUAUAUCUCACCCGCUGAGCAAGCAUCUGUAGUGACCUGCUUUCAGUGUCAGCAGUGAGCAGGCUGGGCUUAGUUUACACAUUUCCUUUGGACACCCUGGAGCUCCAGAGCCCUUCAACCCACCAAAUCCACUUCAGCACUGGACCCACUGCAGGCGCCGCACCAACGAGCCCAAUUCUCAGGGUCCCCACUGGUCUCUGUGUUCCUCCUACCUCAUUCAGAUCCACUGCUGCCACCCUGUUUACCUACUGGGACCAGAUCCCAGAAGUGAAGUUGCCCAAAGGGGGCUUCUCUGCUUGUGCCCUAUUCGGCCACCACCAGGGGUCCCCACGCUGGCAUAUGAGGGUCCUGAGUCCAGGGCAUAGCACUGAGCCCACUGAGCUCUCUUUAUUGUUCCAGAUCUGAAGAGGGUGGGAAAUUUAAGGAGAGAUUUAGAAAAUCUGAUUCCAGGUCUGACUCUAUCAGGAACUAGUCAUGUGACCUUGUUCGUUUCUCCUCAUUUCUGUGGGCCUCAGUUUCCCCAUAUGCCAAAUGAGGAAGCAGAUCUAGAUGAUUUCCAAUGUCCCCUUUCAUCUCUCAAACACUCUGAUUCUGAAAUGUGUGUUUUCUGUCUGUAGUCAUCAGAUCCCCUGCAUUCAUUUAUUCAUCCAUGCAAAGAGCAUGCAUUAAGUGCCUACUAGGUGUAAGGCACUGUGGGGGAGAUAGUGAUGAAUGAGGCAUCAUAGGCCAUGCCCAAAAGCAGUUGUCUGAUUUAUCUCAGGAUCAUGGUAACUCAAAUUCAGCCUAAGAGCACAGAAGCCCCAUUUUUGCUUCACUUCCCAUUUCUUUCUAAACUGCAUUAAGAGCCAGCUCCUCCUUCUCACACUUUUUUCCCGCAGUAGUGGUAACAUGGGCAGAGAAGAAAGGGGGGUGAAAGGGAAAACAUAAUUUCCCUUAACCCUCCUCUUCAGCCCAGAGGAGGGUUAAGAAGAUAACUGACACUUGUUCCCCCUCACCUCCCUCCCUGUUUAUACCCAGAUGGAGAGAGAGGGAGAAGAUGAGCAAUUGAUGUGUGACCGACGGAGGUGGGUUCCAUCAAUUCUGUGUCCCCAGGUCCCCCAGCAAGGUGGGGAUUUGCCUUCAGCUCCAUGGAGCAGGGCUCUAGGGCCCCAGCAGUGCCCAACAGCACAGCCAAGUCACCAAGGGGACCAAGCCCGUGGGCACCUCCCCUCCGAUGGGCAUUUCAGAUAAUUUUCUUCAGGAGCCUUGAACAAAAGGGAAAUCACAACUGAAUAAAUGAAGGUACCAAAAUUUACAUCAAUCAGUGUUAUAUGAUGUAUGUUGGACAGUAAUAUAUAUGUUUCAAAGUAAUAAUUUUGUAUAUAUUUUAAAUAAAGUAUUA